AGGACCUCCAGAGACACCAUCUUGAUUUCACCUUAAAAUGGAAUAUAAAAAGUCACCUGAUGGUGGUUGGGGCUGGGUGAUUGUGGUUGUCUCCUUCUUCACCCAGUUCCUAUGUUACGGAUCCCCAUUAGCCGUUGGAGUCUUGUACAUAGAAUGGUUGGAUGCCUUUGGUGAAGGGAAAGGAAAAACAGCCUGGGUCGGAUCUCUAGCAAGUGGAGUUGGCUUGCUUGCAAGUCCUGUCUGCAGUGCCUGUGUCUCAUCUUUUGGAGCAAGACCGGUCACAAUAUUCAGUGGCUUUUUGGUGGCUGGAGGCCUGAUGUUGAGCAGCCUGGCCCCCAAUCUCUACUUCCUGUUUUUUUCCUAUGGCAUUGUUGUAGGUCUCGGAUGUGGUUUAUUAUAUACUGCAACAGUGACCAUUACGUGCCAGUAUUUUGACAGUCGCAGAGGCCUUGCACUUGGCCUGAUUUCAACAGGUUCAAGUGUUGGUCUUUUUAUUUAUGCUGCUUUGCAGAGAAUAUUGACUGAGAUCUAUGGACUAGAUGGAUGCCUACUGAUCGUGGGUGCUUUAGCUUUAAAUAUAUUAGCCUGUGGCAGUCUAAUGAGACCCCUCCCAGCCUCUGGCUGUCCUUUAUCUGCAAAAACAGCUACAGAAAGUCUACCAGAUAGAUACUCCAUUUACAAUGAAAAACAAAAGAACCUGGAAGAAAACAUAAACAUUCUUGACAGGAACUACAUUAGUGAAGAAAAAUGCAAGAGUGCUUUGGCCAGUGGUGACUGGAAGCAAGAGAAUCUAUUUCAUAAAAACCCUACAUCGAUGGUACACACAAAAGAGCCUGAAACCUACAAAAAGAAAGUUGCAGAACAGACUUAUUUUUGCAAACUCUUUGCUAAGAGGAAGUGGCAGUUAUAUAAAAUCUACUGUGGUGAAACUGUGUCUCUUUUUAAAAACAAAGUAUUUUCAGCACUUUUCAUUGCUAUCUUACUUUUUGACAUCGGAGGGUUUCCACCUGCAUUACUUAUGGAAGAUGUAGCAAGAAGUUCAAAUGUGAAAGAAGAAGAAUUUAUUAUGCCUCUUAUUUCCAUUAUGGGCAUUAUGACAGCAGUUGGAAAACUCCUUUUGGGGAUACUGGCGGACUUCAAGUGGAUUAACACCUUAUAUCUUUAUGUAGCUACCUUAAUAAUGAUGAGCCUAGCUUUGUGUGCAAUUCCAUUUGCUAAAAGUUAUGUCACAUUGGCAAUGCUUUCUGGGAUCAUAGGGUUUCUUACUGGGAAUUGGUCCAUCUUCCCGUAUGUGACAACAAAGACUGUGGGAAUUGAAAAAUUAGCCCAUGCCUAUGGAAUCUUAAUGUUCUUUGCUGGACUUGGAAAUAGCCUUGGGCCACCAAUUGCUGGUUGGUUUUAUGACUGGACCCAGACCUAUGACAUUGCAUUUUAUUUUAGUGGCUUCUGUGUCCUGCUGGGAGGUUUUGUUCUGCUGCUGGCAUCCUUUCCGUGUUGGGACAUAUGCAACAAGCAACUCCCUAAGCCAACUCCAACAACAUUUUUAUACAAAGUUGCCUCUAAUGUUUAGAGGAAUACUGGAAAGCACUAUUUUUGCUGUUUUAUACCGUAUAGCAAAAAAUACUUUAACAAAAUCUCAAGUUCUGUAGAGUCAAGACUGUUUUCUUAUAGCAAAAUUUCUCUGUGGUUGCCUCUGAUGAAAAACAUUUUUUAAAACAUAUCCUAUUCUUUAUGUACUGUAUGAAUAGCAUCUACCCUUGGAUAUUUUCCCUCUUUUUUUCCAAGAAGUGGGACUAUUCUGUUCUACUGUUUUUCAGUAGUUCUUAACAUUGUAAAACUUUUGACCAGCCUAAGCAGGCUUUUCUGUGUAGGGAAGUAAAGAUUCUCUGCCAACUCUAUUAGUGCCACUGCAAGGCACCCUGAGGG